AUGAAACCGGGCUAAGAAAAAAAAAAAGGGGGGUCAGUUCUUGUUAAGAAUUCUUCCUUUCCACGAUCACGCUCAGAAGUCCGCUGCUUGCAACGCACGGGCCACGUCCGCUCAUCGGAACAAUGUCGAAGGGUGGAAUAGCGCUCGCUGCCGUCGCCAUUCUCGCACCGAUGUCUUUCUGCUUGAAAUUGGAUGAUUCUUCAUUCACGCUGUAUAACAAAGCUUCGAGCUCAUGCCUACUCAAAAAGUCCUCCCGCUGCCAGGACAUGCGCUGGACGAGCGGCAACCGCAUUUUUGUCACCUCCACCAAAAAGUGCCUGGGGUCGCAGGGCAAGAGUGUAGGCAGCGAGGUCAACACGUACGACUGCGACGACAGGAGCGACCUGCAGAAGUGGGAGUGCAUUAAUGGGACACUGCUGGCGCUGAAAAACCAAAAGCCGGAGCUCUACAUCGAGCUCAAGUCGGAUGGAGGCAUCGCGCUUUCCAGGACCACGGGACCCCGCAACAGCUUCACCAUCACCGGGACGGGCAACGGCGCCUGCUCCAGAACGCACAGAGUAUUGUACGCCAUUGACGGCAACGCGUACGGAAAGCCGUGCAUGUUCCCCUUCCUGUAUAAAGAUCGCUGGUUUGGAGACUGCACGGCGUACGACUCCUCCAUUAAGCGCCCCUGGUGUGCCAUCCAGACCAAAUAUGAACACGAGCAGUGGGGGUACUGCCCGUCCACAUCGACAGAAUACUGGAAGAAGAAUCACAUCACAGGAUCUUACUACCAGCUCAACGCUCAGGCGGUCCUGACUUGGGCGGAGGCUGACGAAAGCUGUAAGCAGCAGGGGGCCACCCUGGUCAGCGUCACAGAUACCAAUGAGCAAGCUUUUAUCUCAGCACUAUUAGGAAAUACGAAGAAUAAGCUUUGGAUCGGGCUGGUCCUGAACCCGGAACACGGUUGGCAGUGGACGGACAACAAGCCCAUGCGAUUCCUGAGAUGGGCGAGUGGGUUCCCGCUUCCUAAUCCGGGUCACAACUGCGCACUUCUGGACUCGGCCGGGCAGCAUAGUUGGGAAACUUUCCCCUGCUCAAAGAAGAUUGGCUAUAUCUGCUACAAACCUGGAGCCCCGCCUCUUCCGCCACAGGGUACGGCGUCAAUUGGCUUUACGUGUGAAGCCAUAUCAACAUCUUGUCCUUCCCUGUUUUCAGUUGAGCAAGGAUUCUGUUCAAGUCCUUGGAUUCCGUACAACGGCCACUGCUUCCACCUACUUCGGACCCCCAAAACGUGGUCUGAGGCGCAGAAGGACUGUCGCAAGGAGGAGGGGGAGCUGGUGAGCAUGCGCAACAUAGAAGACCACAGCUUCAUUGUCUCUCAACUGGGAUACGCCUCCACCGACGAGCUCUGGAUCGGCCUGAACGACAGGAGGACCGAAGGCCUGUUCGAGUGGAGCGACCAGACCUCUGUCUUCUUAACCAGCUGGGAGUACGGAGAACCGACACUCUUGACGGACAGCGAGGACUGCGUUCUCAUUCGGGGAGAGAAUGGCAACUGGGCCGACCGCUCCUGUGAGGAGAAACACGGCUUCAUCUGUAUGAAGCAGAGCAGCACAAACCACCAGCCAGAUGAAGUCCAUAUGGACAUCGGCUGCAAAGCUGGUUGGAAACGACAUGGCUCCUACUGCUACUUUGUGGGAACGGAGACCAAAACAUUUGACGAAGCCAAGAGUGACUGCAAGGCAACAAACUCCUACUUGGCGGAUGUGUCCAACGGGGUGGACAACGCCUUCUUGAUCAGCUUGGUGGGGGCGAGGCCUGAGAAGUACUUUUGGCUGGGCCUCUCAAACCAGAAGAACAAGGAUGAGUUUGUGUGGACCAACGACAACGCCGUCAGGUUUACUCACUGGAAUAACGAGAUGCCAGGUGGUGGACAAGGCUGUGUGGCCAUGACAACUGGUAUUCUUGCUGGCCUGUGGGAUCUCCUGCCCUGCGACAACAAGGAGAAGUACAUUUGCAAGCAUCUGGCCGAGGGGGCCGUCUUGACGCCGCCCCCGCCUACCCUCAGCCCCCCUCAGUGUGCAGAGGGCUGGAUACGAGUAGGAACGAGAAACAUCUGCUCAAAGUUCUUCACGGGUCCUCGUUCAUUCGAGAAGACCUGGUAUGAGGCCCGAGAUUUCUGUCGGGCCAUCGGAGGAGAUCUCCUCAGCAUCCACAGCGGCCCUGAGCUGUUUGUGGGACGCCACGGAAAGGCCUGGAUUGGACUUCAUAUUGCUGACCCGACUGCAGGUUACGUCUGGAGUGAUGGAUCCCCGGUAAACUUCCUCCAUUGGCAGGAAGGCGAGCCAAAUAAUUUUCAGAAUUCUGAAUCUUGCGCCGAGUUCCGCAUCUAUCGAGCUGAUGACACGGGCUCGUGGAACGACGUGCACUGUGAGAGCUACAACGACUGGCUUUGCGAGAUCCGCACGGGAGUGACUCCCAAGGCACCUCCGAAUGACACCGCCGUCGCAGAAUUUAACACGACCUCGGACGGUUGGCUGGAGUGGCGAGGGAGUCAGUACUACAUCAACCGAGCCUCAAUGGCCAUGGAAGACGCUCGCCAUUACUGCAAGCAGCACCACGGCGACUUGGUGACAAUCAACAGCGAAGCGGAAAACAUUUUCUUAUGGAAACAGGUUUCCAGAAGCUACGGGACCUACUACAUUGGUUUAUCAGUAGACUUGGAUGGCUCAUUUUGGUGGAUGGAUGGGACUUCAGUGGGCUACCAAAGAUGGGACGAGAACCAACCCAAUCAGAAUACCUACGAUGAGAACUGCGUGGCUAUGACCUAUUUCAUGGGCUUGUGGCGCGGCUUCAACUGCGGUGAGGAGCAUCAGUUCAUUUGUAAACGCGGGGUGACGGCGUCCGUCAACACCACCGCAGCUCCCGCCGUUGCAGCAAAAGGCGGCUGUCCACUCAAGUGGACCAAGUUUGACUCCAGGUGCUACAGCAUCAACAGUAAUCGCAAGACCACCUGGGAAGAGGCGAGGAAACAGUGCUACUCCAUGGGUGGCAACUUAGUCUCCAUACCAACGAGGCGGGAGCAAGCUUAUUUAGUCACCAAAAUGGCAGAAGUGGCGGCAGACCUGUGGAUCGGUCUGAACAGUUUAAAACAAGAUGCGUUUUUUUGGAGCGAUGGAAAGCCCAGGCGAUACACCAACUGGGGCUACUCCAUACAUCGACGUCGACCGGGGACUUUUUACCAAAGAUGGAAUGAGGAAAGUUGCGUCAUCAUGACUAACAACCCCACUAACGGAAUUGGCAAAUGGUUGAUCAAGUCCUGCAAUGACACCAAUGGAUUCAUUUGUACCAGAAGUCUUGACCCGGGCCUCCCAUCCCAAUCCGAACCGGCUGUUUCCAACAUCUUUGUAUCCCUGGGAAACGACAGCGUCUUGGCCGUGCCUUUCAAUAUGACGUGGUAUGGUGCCAAGAAGCACUGCGAGGGCAACAAAGCCAACCUGGCCAGUUUGAGGAACGAGUGGACGCUAGCCUACGUGGAGCUGUUGGCUUUAAAUCUCAACUCUCCUUUGUGGAUCGGACUGAACAAAGAGCAGACCGGGGGUUAUUUUCGCUACAUUGAUGGCUGGCACAUGAAUUUCGCCAGCUGGGGUGAAGGGGAGCCCAGCCAAAACCGGCCUUGUGCAUACUUGGACGUAGAUGGAAAUUUCAAAACGGCCUCCUGCAAUCGCACCAUGUACGGCGUUUGCAUGCAGUCGACAGAUGUGCCGCCAACGCAGUCAGCCAACUACCCCGGAGUUUGCCCCGACGAAGUCAUGGCUGACUACAGCCAGGGUUACACGUGGCUGCCAUUUAAGAGUCACUGUUACAUGUUUGUCACUGACGAAAUGGAGUGGCCGGAUGCAGCCACGAGCUGCGCGAGACACGGUGGAUAUUUGGCCAGCAUCGAAGAUCCCGAGGAACAAACGUUUAUUCAAAGCAAUGUGGAGGUGUUCCAGGACAGCCACAGCUCUUUUUGGAUCGGCCUGUACAAAACACACAAAGGCACGUGGCUGUGGUUGGAUAAAACCGUAUUGGACUACACUAACUGGGGCGCAGAGGCUUCAGAGAGGGACUAUGGCGAGCUACAAACCUCAGACGGGCAAUGGUCAUCCGGCAUGAAGUGGAAUGACCGAGCUUACAUCUGCGAAACGGCCAAAGUGAUCCCCGGAGACACGGACCCCGAAUAUCAUGCACAGCAAGGUUCAGACGGCAACUCACGUGGGCACACCAGCCUGAUCGUGGUGCUGAUCAUCACCAUCACGUCCGCACUGGCCGUCCUCGCCUUCUUCCUGUACAAGAAGUCGCCGCGCUCGCUGCCCACCUUCGACAACCCUCUGUACUUUGGUCGCGAGCGGACGCAGCCCGACGUGGUGGACACCAACAAACUGAUGGAGAAGGCGGAGGAGGAGAUCCCCGAGCCGAUUAUCGCCCUGUGAUCCGGGCAAAUCUAUUCAGUAUUUGUUGUUCUACUGUACUAUAUGGUAUGUAUUCAGUUAUUUAAUAAUAAGUGUGAGUUUCAGUGAUGGCGGCCAUGUCUGACCCCACAGAACUAAACUUUUUUAGGCUCUGGGACAUCUCGCUGGAAUUGAUUGGUAUCUGAUUGUUAUUGUUUUGUUAUUCUGCAAAUGAAUGUACAUGCUGUUCAUUGCUUGAGCGGGUGAAUUGUGUAUAAAUAGCACAGCUUUAAAUGACAAUUAAAGGUGGCUUUCAAUGUC